AUGUUUCUCUCCGAUGCCUUUACAAACCCUGCAGCCCCGCGAAGCGCCGAGGGUGACGAGGAAACCCCCACGUCGCCUUCAGGCGCUGGCACUACCAAGACCUGGCAGUGUCCGUCGUGCUCCAAGGUGCUGUCGCGCAAGUCCUGCCUGAACCGACACCGCCAGCUGGUGCAUGAAGGGUCCAGGCCGCUGAAAUGCCCUUACUGCACCAAGUCGUUUGGCCUCAAAGACUCGCUGCGGAGCGACAUCCUCCGCGUGCACACCGGAGAGCGGCCGUUCGGGUGUCACCUGCGCCCCAGCACGUUCUUCCAUAGAUCAGACCUGCAGAGGCACCUGAAGUGGCACAACAAUGUCCGUAGGUUCGCGUGCGACCUCUGCCCUGGCAAGUUCGUCUUCAAGGAGCACUUGAAGCGUCACCUGCGCACCCACACCGGGGAGAGGUCGUUCGCGUGCCCGGACUGCCCCUGGAGGCUGUCCACUUUGCAGACCCUCAAGAGACACCCUCUGACGCACGUCGAAGAUUGGCCGCACCACUGCGAGGUUUGCGAUAGACGGUUUCGCGAGUUGCGCACCCUUCGAGACCACGCUCGCUCGAGACUCCCGACUGAGAUUGGCUUCGACUGA